UGCGUCAUCAUCUGAUCGAAGAAGGAAAAGGAUAACUUUGAAAAAAGACAGCCACCUCAACUUCCAAGAAUAGAACUUUAUUAUUACAAUUAUUACUGAAUAUACAACAAAAUUCGUCCGAUUCACCCUUUCUGCUUCUCUAUAAAGCUGCAUACAGCUCCAAAGCACUGAUCAUCCUCCUUCCGUUUCAAAUCUGUAUCCAUGGCUGCCAAGAAGAUAUCAACUGUGCUCUCUCGCUCUUUCUCUUCUGCUGCUGCUCCUCCAUGUUUCUUUUCGAGAGUGAGGGGUGGUGGUGGUCAGAGCAGAUUAAUCUCUAGAUAUAAUACUACUUUGGCUGCUGUUGAGGACCCGAUUACUCCCCCUGUCUCUGUCAAAUACAAUCAACUCUUAAUUAAUGGACAAUUCGUGGAUGCAGCAUCAGGAAAGACGUUUCCAACAUUGGAUCCGAGGACAGGGGAAGUGAUUGCUCAUGUUGCUGAAGGUGAUGUUGAAGAUGUAAACAGAGCGGUCUCUGCUGCCCGCAAGGCUUUUGAUGAAGGACCAUGGCCACGGAUGACAGCUUAUGAAAGGUCAAGGAUCAUUUGGCGUUUUGCUGAUUUGCUUGAAAAGCAUACUGAUGAAAUUGCAGCUCUUGAAACGUGGGAUAAUGGCAAACCAUAUGAGCAAUCUGCUAAAAUUGAAAUACCAAUGACUGUGCGUAUAUUUAGAUACUAUGCUGGUUGGGCAGAUAAAAUCCAUGGCCUCACAGUUCCUGCUGAUGGGCCAUAUCAUGUACAAACCUUGCAUGAACCAAUUGGUGUAGCAGGUCAGAUUAUUCCAUGGAAUUUUCCAAUGCUCAUGUUUUCUUGGAAGGUUGGGCCAGCAUUAGCAUGUGGCAACACCGUUGUUAUAAAGACAGCAGAGCAGACCCCAUUGUCUGCUGUAUAUGCAGCCAAGCUAUUUCAUGAGGCUGGACUUCCAGAUGGUGUUCUGAAUGUGGUUUCUGGUUUCGGUCCAACCGCUGGUGCUGCUCUUGCUAGCCAUAUGGAUGUGGAUAAGCUUGCAUUCACAGGAUCAACUGAUACCGGGAAAAUAGUACUUGAGUUGGCAUCAAAAAGCAAUCUUAAACCAGUAACUUUGGAGCUUGGAGGGAAAUCACCUUUCAUUGUCUGUGAGGAUGCUGAUGUUGAUCAGGCUGUAGAGCUUUCUCACUCUGCUGUAUUCUUUAAUCAGGGCCAAUGCUGCUGUGCUGGUUCUCGUACAUUUGUGCACGAGCGUGUGUACGAUGAGUUUGUGGAGAAAGCAAAGGCACGUGCCAACCAGCGUGCUGUUGGUGAUCCAUUCAAAGAGGGAAUUGAGCAAGGCCCUCAGGUUGAUUCAGACCAAUUUGAGAAGAUUUUGAGGAUCAUAAGAUCUGGUGUUGAGAGUGGAGCGAACCUUAAAGCUGGAGGCGACAGAUUUGGCACAACUGGAUAUUAUAUCCAGCCCACUGUUUUCUCAGAUGUUCAGGAUGACAUGCUGAUAGCAAAGGAGGAGAUAUUUGGGCCAGUUCAGUCCAUCUUUAAAUUCAAGGACCUGGAUGAAGUCAUACAAAGGUCCAACAACAGUCGCUACGGACUUGCUGCAGGGAUUUUCACACAUAACUUAGACACCGCCAACACCCUUUCACGUGCAUUGAAGGUUGGAACAGUAUGGAUAAAUUGCUAUGAUGUCUUCGAUGCUGCCAUUCCUUUUGGUGGAUACAAGAUGAGUGGAAAUGGUAGAGAAAAGGGAAUUUACAGUCUUAACAACUACUUGCAAGUGAAGGCUGUCGUUACCUCACUCAAGAAUCCAGCCUGGCUAUAGGUCCUCUUAACCCUUUUCAAGUACUUCUUUUGCCUGGUUCUUUCUAAAUAAUAAAUCACAGUCUGCGUAAAUUGUGAGAUUAUCUUGAUUAUGGUGACAAAUGAUAUGAUGAUAAUGAUGAUAAAAUGGUCUCUUGUUUUGGAGAAUUUAGAAUACAGUUCUCUCUUUUCGCGUUCCA